AUGAAUAUCGCAGAAUAUAUUAGUAACUCAACCAAUAAUAAUCUUUCAAUAACUUAUCAAUACAUGUUGACAACAGUUGGAAAUUCAUUUGUUAAACUUGAUUAUUUGAAUCAUACUAUGAGAAAUAAUAACAAUAAUAAUAAUAGAAGUGACUUUGCUGUGGAUUCAGAAUAUCUUGCAAUGUUUCAAAACUUAAUAGCAAUGGCGUCUAGAAAUCAAACGUCAGACAAACCCUACUCAGAUUCACUAUCAUCGUCGAGAAAUAAUAAAUCUUAUGAUAUUUUGUCAAUUUUAUCAGUUGGCUUUGUUUUAAUUGUUAAUCCAAUUGUGAUUCUAUUUGGUGUUACUGGUAAUCUUUUAGCAACAUAUAUUUUAAUACACUGUAAUAUUGCUAAAUUACCGGUUUCAUUUUAUACCAUUAUGCUCAAUAUAUCGGAUACAUUAAAUUUAUUAGUACCAGUUUUUAUUUUUUGGCUUGACAAUUGUAUUAAUCGAGCACUAGAACAAGGCUAUUUUCGUGAUAGAUCAAAUUGUCUUUGUAAAACAUUAAUGUGCUUUGAUCAGUUAUUUGCAACAUUAAGUGCUUGGUAUAUGUGUGCGAUUUCAUUUAAUCGUUGGUAUUCAGUAUGUCGGCCAUCAUCAUAUUUUUUUCGUAUAACAACAUCGAAUUUGUGGGGAUCAACAUUUGGAACAACAAAUAAUAAUACAAAUUAUAUUAAUCGCGAACAGAAAAAGCAAUCAUCUGGUUCAAUAGGAGCACAAUCAUCUUCACUUUUCGUACCAUUUUGUUUUCCUAUGAAUUGUUGUUCUUGUUUAACACAUAAUAUCAAAGUUCAACAACAUUUACAAGCAUUUCGCAGUAUUGCUUGUAUGACUUUACUUGGUAUAUUAUUUUGUCUUUAUCCCAUUUCUAUGAAUGAACUUCAACCUUUUGUAUCAACAAAUAAAUAUAAUUUUGGCUUAGAACAUAAUAAAUCUGAUAGCGACGCUCCUGUUUGGUAUCGAUGUUAUGUUAAUAAACGACAUGAGUAUGCUUAUGAUGUUAUUGGUAUUGUAUUAUCACUUUUUUUACAUAUAUUACCAUUAGCAUUCGUUGCUGCAAUGAAUGUAAUGAUUAUAAUACGAUUAAAACAACGGCAAUAUCGUAUGACUGUUGCAUCAAAUUUCUUACAAACUCAAACAUUAGCAAAAAAAUCAAAACCAAUUAAUAGUCUAAAAAAAAAACUCACAUAUCAAUUGAAUUCUUUGCCCAAAAGCAAUCGUCGUUGCAAAGAAAGAAAUUCAAUUCGUUCCCAACCAACAUUAAUUAUUAAUAGAAAAGAUCAAGCAACAUCAACUGAUUUAUCAAUUCAAACAUUUCAUCUACCAAGUCAAGCAUCAAUUAAAUCAAAUGAUAUGAAAACACCAAGAAGACAUCAUUUAAGAGAUCGUACAAUUACAAUUAUGCUUGUUAGUGUAGCAUUAUCUUAUUUAAUAUUAACUCUUCCUUAUCGUUUAUUUUGGUCAUACAACGUUUAUUUAAAACGUGUGAAACCAACGAUAUUACAGUCAUCCUUAUAUUUAUCAAAAAUGCAUUAUAUCGAUCAUGUUCUUCGUACCAUACGUAACAUACAUUAUGGUACAAAUUUCGUUUUUUUUAUUUUUCUUUCAAAAACGUUUCGUCGUAAGUUUCGACAAAUAUUUAUUGAGAGAUUUUUUCAAGCAACAAAUCGUUUAUUUCAUCGAGAUUCUACUACAAUACAUACAAAUCAUAUAAUUUAUUCGAAAAGCAAUCGUCAACGACAAUCAAACUUAAAAUCAGAAAGGAAACGAAAUUCCAAACUAAUCUCGGGUGAUCAAGUUGUUGGAAUAGAAUCUUUUUCCAGAAUUAUAUUUGAUGAAAUGCCCAGUCUAAAUGGUGAUGUUCGGAUGAAGGAGAAUGAAAUUAUCCCAAUCAUAGUAAUUCAAAGUAAUAAACUAUCACAAUAUGAUGAUGGAUGUGCAAUGAAUGAUAUCAUUUAA